CUGCCGUCGCGACCAAUCGCGCUGAGCCGGUGACGCUUCGGAGGGCCGUCCGUCCGUGCGCCUGCAUUCAUAAACGGAUGUGAUAAGUGUUGAAUGUACUGUACAGAGACGAAACUUGGACCAUGGCGGAAGAAGACGACACGAAAAUCCGGAUUUUGCAGAGCCUCCGAGGAAAAAUAUGCGAAGCAAAGAAUUUGGGUCCGAGCUCAGGGCCGAACCGCCUCCGUGACCUCUGCACCUUCUGUACAAUCAGUUUGGACCAGGAGGAAGUAUAUCGCACAAAAGUCUAUGAGAAGAGUGUAAGUCCGUUCUAUAGCGAGGACUUCUACUUCGAAAUUCCACGCCCGUUCCAGUGCCUGUCUUUCUACGUGUACGCUAAGAGCAUGUUCCAAAUAAGGGAUCUACCUGUAGGGAAAGUAGCCAUCAGGAAGGAAGAUCUAUAUAAGUACUGCGGGAAAGAGAACUGGUUUCAGUUACAGCCUGUUGAUCCACACUCAGAAGUUCAGGGGAAGGUUCAUUUAGAGAUGAAGCUGAAUGAACUGAUCACAGAGAAUGGUUCCAUCUGCCAACAGCUUGUGGUUCAGAUAAUUGCCUGUCAGGGUUUGCCGUUGAUAAGUGGGCAGAACUGCGAUCCAUACGCUACAGUAACACUCGUAGGACCCGCCAGGUCUGACCAGAAAAAAACUAAAGUGAAGAAGAAAACCAGUGACCCUCAGUUUGAUGAGAUCUUUCAUUUUGAGGUCACAAGGUCAAGCAGUUACAAAGGGAGGUCACAUUUUCACGUGGAGGAGGAGGACAUAGAGAAACUAGAGAUCAAGGUGGAGCUGUGGAAUAAUGGUAACUUGGCACAGGACGUGUUCCUCGGAGAGACACGAGUAUCUGUGAAAAUCCUGAGAAACGACAGUGUUCACAAAGCAUGGUACUUGCUACAGCCGAAAGGAAAUGGUACAAAGUCUAAGCCAGAUGAUCUGGGUUCUUUACGUCUGAAGGUAACAUACACGGAGGACAACGUCCUGCCCUCUGCCUGCUACACGGACCUCCGCAACCUAAUACUCAAAUCCCCGGAUGUCAAGCCGAUCUCAGCAUCAGCGGCUCAUGUUCUGGGAGAUAUCUGCAGAGAGAGUGUGGGCUAUGAAGCACUGCUUCCUGUGGUCAGACUGCUGCUCCAUCACAACAGACUGCUGCCCUUUCUCACCUCUGUUGCUGCUCUGGAGCUGGAGAAUACACAAGAAGCCAACACCAUAUUCAGAGGCAAUUCUCUGGCCACCCGCUGCAUAGAUGACAUGAUGAAGAUUGUGGGCAAAAGUUACUUGACCGUCACUCUCAAACCUGUUCUCAAUGAGAUCUUUGAAUCAAGUAAAGCCUGUGAGAUUGAUCCCGUCAAACUGAAAGAGGGCGAUAAUGUGGAAGUCAACAAGGAGAAUCUUCAGGGAUAUGUACAUAAGGUUUUUACGUCUAUAACACAGUCCAGCUCCAGCUGUCCUCCCCUCAUGUGUGACGUCUUCAGAUCACUCAGACAGUUGGCCUCUAAACGCUUUCCAGCGGAUCCUCAUGUGCAGUACUCAGCGGUCAGUAGUUUCAUAUUCCUGAGGUUCUUUGCGGUGGCUGUUCUCUCUCCACACACCUUCCAGCUGAGAACCCAUCAUCCUGACCCCGAAAUUUCCCGCACUCUUACUCUUAUCUCUAAAACCAUCCAGUCUCUGGGCAGCUGGGGCAGCCUUUCCAAGAACAAACUGGCUAGUUUUAAAGAAACCUAUAUGUACGAUUUCUUCAAAUUAUUUCAAGAAGAUGACUGUAUAGAAAAAGUUAAAAAGUUCUUAGAUGAGAUCUCCUCUAAUGUAAGCAAGGAGUCCAGUGGAGUGGAGGACUCAUUUGUCCUGAAGGAGGGAGAGGUGCAUAAGCGGGCCCAGGGCAGAAAGCGAAUAGGAAAGAAGAACUUUAAGAAACGCUGGUUACGAGUGACCAAUCAAGAGCUGACCUAUCACAAGCAGAAAGGGAAAGAAGCACUGUGCGUCAUUCCUGUGAAAAACAUCCUUGGUGUCGAGAAACUGGAAGAAAGUGCCUUUACACGCAAAAACAUGUUUCAGGUAAUCCACGAGAAGCCUCUGUACGUGCAGGCGGGGAACUGUGUGGAGACCAACAGCUGGAUCGAGGUACUGAGUCAGGUCAGCCGCUGUAACCCGGAUCGGCUGAGCAUGUUUCACCCGUCCGCUUACGUGGCUGGAUUCUGGUUAUGCUGUGGGGAUUCCAAUGAGAGCGCCCCUGGCUGCAAGCCCUGCACUGCGGCAUUGUUGGCUAAUAUUCAACUGGACAUCGACUGUGAUCGAGAAACAGAACGAAUCUUCUCCUUCUUCUCCUCCAGCCGCUGCAGACUACAGAAGAUGGAGGAUGUCUGUGCCGGUAUGUCAGUGUAUCUUGGGCAACAGGAGGAGUGUUCAGCCUUCACUAUACAGGACCCUAAAGAGACCUUCCGUACUAUUAAAGAGCUCGGAGAAGUACUGGACGAUCUGCAGGCUCACCACGACUCAAAGGGAGCACUAACUGAUGAACCAGGCACUAUCGAGAAUCCUAUAGUUGGAAAGACAGCGUAACAUUGCGACUGCAGGACCAGGUGGUGCUGAUAGAGGGCGCUGUGUUUGUCGACGUAGAGGAGCACGACCGUGCUCUGAUUAUGCUCAGAGAAGUGCUGCGGUUCCACAUGGGACUGAGUCUUACCUCUCCAGCGAUGGCCUGUUUGGAGUUACAGUGUACUUAGAAGAAUUUGGCAAGUCAGGAGUCGAGUGGUGUAUCCAUGAGUUGCUAACAUUGGAAAAAAUCUAGCUCUUUUCUCUGUGUGCCUGUUUGGCCUCUGUCUUAUAUCAGUUUUUAAGAUGGUUUAGAAACCUCAAUCGCCAGUCCGCACAGUAAGAGAAGAUUCCAGUCACCUCUUAUUCGUUCCUAAACAGGCUGUGAAAGUCCAGACACCAGAGUUUGUCUGAGAAAUUAUAGCUGCUAAAAUAGUCUUUGAAAGAACUCAACCUUUCUUUAUAAACCAUCAGUUGUCGUCUGAUGUUUUGACAGGAAAAAUAACCAUGUCAAAGGGAAUCUUAAUUGUUCUUUAUAGAUAUAGUAUCAUCCGUCUCACCCAUGCUUUUGAGUGUGUGCAUGGUUUUCUAUCUGUAGUGGAUAGAAUUAAUCUGUCUUAUACUUACAAUCCUACACUUGUGUAUGAAUUAGGGACUAAUGCAGAAGCACUUUAGAUAUUUGGAAUAUUCCAGAUGAGAUUGUUUUAGAUACGUCGUAUCAACCUUUUUUCCUGAUAUCGAUCAGUUACAUGAUCAACUCUUGUGUAAUGUUCUGUAGAUAACAUUCAUAUCCUGUAGAGUUUUACCAGCUAUUUUUCUUACGCCAAAGAUGUUGUUUUGUAGGUUUUCAUGACUUGAAAAUGGUAUACAUGUAGUUUUUUUUUUUAAAUACAGAACUUUUAAAAAAGGAAUAUGGCUCUCUGUAUUUCAUGGACCCACAUUUUGGGAGCGUCCAACAUUUUGAUAAACAUGAAGAAGAUUUCAUUCAA